AUGGCUGGUUACCGAUCACCACCGAUGAGCUUUUCAGAACGACGAGGUAGCGUCCUCAGUGACGACCUCGUGUUGGACACGGCCGGUUCCAUGUCCAACCCCCGACUCGACAAGAUAAUCCAGCCCCGACCUUACGCUGGUCCUCCUACCCCGAGUAUGACCACGCCUGCUGCCGAUUUCGACCAACAGCUCACUGGAUCGCCUCCCCCUCCUCCAACCCCAGCUGCCUCUCCUGGCCCGUCUCGCUAUGAGCCGGACUGGAGUGAUGCUGCUGAUGACGAAGACUUCUUUCUCGCUAAAGUUCGAUCACAUUUCAAGGAUUGUUCUGGGCCGCAGCGUACACGCAUACUCGCGGAUCUUCUCAAUUUGUGCACAAGUCCCCAGCUGAGCUUUGUUCAUCAAUUUGUCAGCCCGUUGCUUAAGAAGGAUCCGUUUACCAGCUUACCUGACGAGAUUUGCUUAAGGAUACUCUCAUUCAUUGAUGACCCCAAAGUUCUUGCCCGCGCAUCUCAGGUUUCCAAAAGAUGGCGAGAUCUACUAAGUGACGACAUGACAUGGAAGAAUCUCUGCAUGAAGCACGACUAUCAAAGACGACUUUCGGAGGUGGAGAGCGCAAGCAAUCCCAUGGCGGCCAGACCGUCUGUCCGACCUCUGAAUAACGUUGACUCGAAGAUGUCCAAUGUGUUCUUGCCCAACCUCUUCCCGAGUAAUCCAUCCGGCUCACGAAGUUUUGACGGUACCAUGACGACUACCAAGUCCGGGAGACCCAAACUCAGGUCGUAUAAAUCCCACUUCAAGCAGCGCUACCUGGUUGAGGCUGCUUGGAGAUCCGGUGGUUCCUGUGUUGCAAGGAAUAUAACUCAAGAAGGCGGCGUUGUAACCAGUCUUCACCUAACUCAAAAGUAUAUCAUCUUGGCUCUUGAUAAUGCCAAGAUCCAUGUAUUUGACAGCGAGGGUAAUUCACAACGUACUCUCCAAGGUCACAUCAUGGGGGUUUGGGCCAUGGUGCCCUGGGGUGACACACUUGUCAGUGGAGGCUGCGACCGUGAUGUUCGCGUCUGGAACCUGAAGACUGGGGCCUGCCUCCACACGCUGCGUGGCCACACCUCCACAGUUCGCUGCCUGAAGAUGGCAGAUGAAAACACCGCCAUUUCAGGUUCCCGAGACACGACGCUCCGAAUCUGGGACAUUCGGACUGGUCUCUGCCGAAUAGUGCUUGUCGGCCAUCAAUCCAGUGUACGGUGCCUGGAGAUCAAGGGCGAUAUCGUUGUAUCUGGCAGCUACGAUACUUCUGCCCGGGUCUGGAGCAUAUCUGAAGGACGAUGUCUUCAAACCCUUUCUGGCCACUUCAGUCAGAUUUACGCUAUUGCUUUUGAUGGCAAGAGAGUUGUAACUGGCAGUCUUGAUACCAACGUCAGGAUCUGGAAUCCUACAACUGGUGAAUGCCUUGCUAUCCUUCAAGGCCAUACAUCGCUCGUCGGGCAACUUCAAAUGAGAGGAGAUACUCUUGUCACCGGCGGCUCUGAUGGCUCUGUGAGAGUAUGGUCCUUGGAGAAAAUGUGCCCUAUUCACAGGCUUGCCGCGCAUGAUAACAGUGUCACAUCCUUGCAGUUUGAUGAUACACGGAUCGUCAGCGGGGGGAGUGACGGCAGGGUGAAGAUAUGGGACCUAAAGACUGGACAUCUAGUGCGAGAGCUCCUCGCUCAAGGAGAAGCCGUCUGGAGGGUGGCAUUUGAAGAUGAGAAGUGUGUUGCAUUGGCCCUCAGACAGGGGCGAACAGUCAUGGAGGUUUGGACAUUUUCUCCACCAGAGGAGGCGCUAUACGACCGUCCACCUUCAUUGCAGCAGCGUGUGAUUGAGGAUAACCCAGACCGACCUUUAAGCGCCAUGGCACUGGACUAUCUUGGCCCCCAACCAAUGAGCACAGGCUCCAGUCAGGAUGGUGCCAUCCGCGGUGUCAGUGUUGAUGGUGGCCCAGCCUCCAGUAGAGGCGGAAAUACGACAUUCUUUCAUGACGACUAA